CUUCCUGGCGUUCAGACAGGAAAAGGAUAAUAUAUCUUUCAUAUUGAUUCUCUCACUGGCUCAAUCAAAAUCAUGUAGGAAAACCAUCCCAAGUCGCACCCACGUUUGAUGGCAUAUUUCGUGGGUGCACCUUUCCCACUUUCUUAUCUGGAAUAAGCUUCUUAGCAUGUUUUCUGAUAUCUCAAGAUUCCCACUUGUAUUGCUUCAUUCUCAGUUCUGGGUGGAAGAGAAUCGAUGGCGAAGGCAAAGUGGUGAGGCUAGCUUGCUCCACUUCUAAGCAUUUCUUUUCGCAGCCUUUGUCUACUGCAUUGCUCUGAAAUUUUUGAUGAGUUUUUACCAUUUCCUGCUCAGUUUGGAAGUUUAUUGAUGAGGUCUUGAAAUUGGUAAUCUAGGUUUUGAUUGCAUUAAGAUUUGAUCACUCUAUUUUGGUGAUACAUAGCAGCACUACUGGGAACUGGGAAGUUUGUAUUUGAUUUGUUGAGAUUUAUAGUGAAAUUAUUGGAUAAUUGAAGCAUUUGAAUGGUGGUCCUUGGGAUAGUUGCUUCCUUUUUCAUGGACUUUUUAGCUUUAAUUUUGUAAAGAAAGUGAUGCGCACAUAUCUGUGGUUACUGGUUAGGGUUUGACUGUUGAUGAGAAGGCAAUCUAUUUUUAGAAAGUAGAAUCCAUGGCUUCUUCUUCAUCACCUUCUCCAAAUUCUUCUCCUUCUGCAAAUCCACCAGUUUCCCCUUCAAAUUCUUCUUCUUCAAGUAGUCCUCCUCCUAUAACCUCUGCACCUCCCCCUGCUGUUACUGCAGCUCCUCCUCCCUUGCCACCGCAAUCACCGCCGCCUUCUCCUCCACCAUUAGUCCCAAUUCCUCCACUUCCACCUUUACCAAUUUCACCCCCACCAUCUCCACCUGCUUUGCCACCCCCACCACCUCCUAAUGCCCCUCCUCCCACUGUCAGUUCACCGCCUCCAAUUUCAUCUCCACCCCCUCCAUCUGCACCUCCUCCCAAAGCAUCACCAGCACCCCCUGUUGCAACGCCGCCUUCCCCUCCUGCUGUUUCGCCACCGCCUCCCGCAAAUGUGGGAGCUCCACCCCCUGCUGACUCACCCCCGCCAUCGAUUGUAAAGCCACCUCCUGCAUUGACACCGCCACCGGCUGGUUCUCCUCCCUCCCCACCCUCUAGUAAUGCUUCCAAUGCAUCACCUCCUUCUAUUCCCUCCUCACCUUUGCCACCUGAUACUUCCAGUCCUCCUCCUCCGAACAGUACAUCUGCAACUGGAGCUCCCCCUCCCUCGACGCGGCCUCCAGUUGGCACAGAGAAACCAACAGCCAGAUCGACUAUCCCUAGCCCAACUACAUCCGGGGGUUCUGGGGGAAGUAAAGUUGGAGGUGUGGUGGCAGUUGGUGCAAUUUUGGGGGUUUUUGUUGUUACUCUUGUUGUAAUUGGGGUAUGGUAUAAAAGAAGGCAAAGGAAAAGGGAGGCUGCAUCUAAUCCGUGGUAUUUGGCGCCCUCUCCAUUUCAUUCCUCCCAGAAUUCAGAUGCGUCAUUCUUAAGGUCAAGAUCCCAACAUUCAGUUAAUCUAGCUGGAAGUGGUGGUUCACAAAGCAAUUUCGUGUACUCGCCUGAGCCUGCUGGCAUUGGAAACUCAAGAGCCUGGUUCACAUAUGAAGAACUAGCUGAAGCAACAAAUGGAUUUUCAUCCCAAAGUCUCUUGGGUGAAGGUGGGUUUGGUUGUGUGUAUAAAGGACUAUUGGCAGAUGGAAGAGAAGUUGCUGUUAAACAACUAAAAAGUGGAGGUGGGCAGGGGGAGCGUGAGUUCAGAGCAGAAGUCGAGAUUAUCAGCCGAGUACACCAUCGGCAUUUAGUUUCACUGGUUGGCUACUGUAUCUCUGAGCACCAAAGAUUGCUUGUCUAUGAUUAUGUUCCAAAUGACACCCUUCACUACCAUCUCCAUGGUGAAGGUAGGCCAGUUAUGGAUUGGGAAACCCGAGUGAAGGUUGCUGCCGGUGCAGCUAGGGGAAUUGCUUAUCUGCAUGAAGACUGUCACCCUCGGAUUAUUCAUCGGGAUAUUAAGUCAUCUAACAUUCUCUUGGAUAGCAACUUUGAAGCACAGGUGGCUGAUUUUGGGCUUGCAAGGUUAGCUGCUGAUACAAACACUCAUGUGACUACACGUGUAAUGGGAACCUUUGGAUACUUGGCACCAGAAUAUGCUUCAAGUGGGAAAUUGACCGAGAAAUCUGAUGUUUUUUCAUUUGGAGUUGUUCUUUUAGAGCUCAUUACUGGCAGGAAGCCUGUUGAUUCAUCUCAGCCCCUAGGUGAUGAGAGUCUGGUCGAAUGGGCCCGCCCUUUGCUUGUUCAAGCUCUGGAAAAUGAAAACUUUGAUGAUUUGGUGGAUCCUAGGCUGGAGAAAAACUUUGUAGCAAUUGAGAUGUUCCGGAUGAUUGAAGCAGCAGCAGCUUGUGUGCGGCAUUUAGCUGCAAAGAGGCCUCGGAUGAGUCUGGUGGUGAGAGCUCUGAAUUCCAUGGAUGAUCUCAUGGACCUGUCCAACGGAAUGAAGCCAGGACAAAGCGAAGUUUUCAAUUCACGGGAACAUUCUGCACAGAUCAGAAUGUUCCAAAGGAUGGCUUUUGGCAGCCAAGACUUAAGCUCAGAUUUCUUCAAUUUUUCUCAAAGCAGCUCGAGAAGUUGACACUGGAUUCUCAUAUAACUCUCCUUCCUCCACAGAUUUGUAUGUUUAUGCAGGUAUUUCCAAAAACAAAGAAUAAAGGAACCAUGAUUUGCUGAGUUUACAGAUAAGCUUUUGUCAUCCCAUAUGGUCCUCCAUUUUUUUGAGGUAAGCAAUUGUCUGGUGAAAGGAUAAGCUUCUUCCACUUGACAACUCAGCCUUGACGAUAUUGCGUGUACCAAAUUGGAAACUUGAUUUCUUUUCCUUACCAUCAUCCUUCGUAUACUUAAAUUUCAAUUAAUUUAAAAUUGUAUUGUUUUA